AUGGCCCCCUGCGAGUGCAAGUGCUGCUCUGGCAGCUGCAACUCCUGCUCUUGCUCUAACUGCAAGUAUGGGUGUCCAAAGGAGACUAACGACGGUUCAACUACUAUAGCACUAAGCAAAUCAACCCAUUGCAAUACAAUUUUUACUAUGACAACAACGACGUCCUUUCCUGUCAUUCUCGCCUCGCCACGCCUCGCAUAG